AUGUUAGGUAUCUAUAUACUUCCGCAGCGGGUGGAUGACUAUGAACGCGUUGUCAACCGAAUUCGCCAGUUGGGUGCUGUGCAUUGCGAAGCCAAAGAGGAUGCGAAUAUCUUGCUCACCGCGCUGCGCGCACCGAGACGAAUUGAGGCGCAUACGAGCGAAGAUGAUCGGUUGCACAAGCCUAUCCUUGCCGUGGCAUGGCUUGACGCUUGUGCCGACGCUGGAAUUAACGUGGAUUUGCGCCCCUUUGCAGUGUAUCCCUUGUCCGACGCGUACAGCCAUGCACAGAAACGCGAGUCAUUUCUGCAAAGUGCCGGUGCAUGCGUGCCGACCACGCCCUGGUUUAAACGCGCACGCCUCGCCUUUCCUCAAACACCUCUAACGCCCGUCGUGCACGGCACACUGGAUCCUCCCGACGAGCUAGAUGAUAGAGAGGCGUGGCGUCAUGCACCGCCGUGGACUAACACCGAGUAUGCCAUUUUUCGGCCAACGCCCCUGCAAAGCGCGCUGCACCAGCCGCUCGUCGACACGCUGCAACUCUUGCGCCAGCACCGCCGUCUGACCAACGAUGCACACAGCGAGAUGGCGUACAUGCGCGCGGCAGCCGCAGUGAAAGCCGUGCCUUUUGCCCUUGAACCCAUGCCCGUCGAGCAGCUGGUACAAGUGAAAGGCAUCGGCGCCAAGAUGGCGGGUUUGAUCCGCCAGUUUUACACACUCGGCACGAUCGCCGAGGCAGAUACGAUCCGUGCCGAUGCUGCCAUCCAGACCAUGCUCGCAUUUACUUCGUUGUACGGCAUUGGUCCUAAGCUGGCCGAAAAAGCAUACAAUGAGGGGUGCCGCACGCUGCAAGACCUGACAAGCAGAAAAAAAACCGCGCUCGCUGCGCACCUUGGCCCACGCGAAUCGCUUGCGCUGCUUCCCGAUUUAUCGCAGUCCAUACCCCGCGAAGAAGCCGAAGCGAUCGCCACGCACGUUGUCGCGCUUUUGCGCACAUUUCUUUCCCAUGUACAGUACACAAUUGCCGGUAGUUUUCGGCGCGGCGCUCCCCAGUCCAACGACGUCGAUCUCGUUGCGACGUACGACGCGAGCGAGCUGCAAACACCUGCGCAAAUUCUGCAUACGCUCGUCGAUGUACUGCGCGCUGUCCCGUGCAUUACACACAUUGUUUCCGUUGCGCGCCGCAAAGGCGAGAGCGACAAUGUACACGUUGCACAGCUUGUUUACCGCACCAAGCCCACCACACUCCAUCGCCGCCUUGAUAUUGUGAUGGCAAGGCGCAUGCAAUACGGCGCCGCGCUACUGGGCUGGACAGGCAGCGUGCUUUUCGAGCGCGACUUGCGCCGCUGGGCGCGUCUGCAAGGGUACAAUGUACGUACGCACAAACUCACCCAGUUUUCCGCCACGGGACUCGUACGGCUGGCGGACCAUGUUUUAAUGGACACGCCCACAGAGGCGAGCAUCUUUGCAAUACUACAUUUGCCCCGCAUUCCACCACGGUUGCGCAACGCCGACUAA